UUCCACAUCCAAAGAAUCCAAAGGGAGCAUAGGAAGGGAAGAGACUUUAAUCUCAUUUGUUUGCAUCUUUGCGGGGAAUAAACUUGAUCGUGUCAUUGAAGCCACUCAUCUUGGUUCUUUUCGGUUUACUUUUAGGAAAAGUCUGUUUUUUUCUUUUUUUUUUAGUCUGCUCUUGUUUUAUUUUUCCACGGAGAUCACGAGAAAAAUCCAAUUUGACCAUUAAUCUGGUCAGUGCCAGAGUCUCCAGACCUCCAGAUCCAGGGAUGGAUCAAAGGUGGGGUAAAUGCAGCGUGACAGAGGUCCCCCCCCUCUAAGAAAAGACUGUCGGAGAUAAUCCAACGGCAGGGGACCAACUUUGAGAAAGCCCGCGCAGUUCUUCAGUUUGGACCCAUCAUCUGGAGUCAUGACUGGGGCUGCCAUUGUGUACAAGCCUGUAAAAAUACCUGUGCGUCAGGCUUUUGCAAUAUUUGACACCUGCGCGCCAUGUCUGUGAUGGACCGCGUGCGCCUUUGAGUCAGCCAGCCACUGCCCCAGAAACCGGAAGGUCUGCUUCCCAAGAGCAGCGCAAAGAGCUCAGGCGGGCUAAAGGUGGACAAAAGCUUGAAUGGAAAAUGCUUUUUCCCACCUGGGCUCCUCACUGGACUCCUCACGAGGCCUGCGCUCUUGUCCCCGCGCGCGCGCGCCCGUUCUCCUGGACCUCAUCUCAGAGUUCCAGACUGGAUCGAGGCCAAAGUUGUCUGGUGUCAAACCAGCCUGAACAGAUACCCUGAGACAUCUCAUUCCUGAGCCGGCGCUCUGCCCACCCCUCCACGCAGAGCAGAGCAGAGCGGUCUGAACCUGAGAGCACAUCCUCUCAUGCCCCCACCAUUACCACCAGACGCGCGCGCUGCUGGACUCUGCAGCUUCUCCUUCUUCUCAUGGUUGAUCGUGUGGUUCCACGCGCGGAAAUGCUCCAUCCAGACCCCUAAAGGACCAAACUUCGCUUAAUAUGAACUUUGUGAACAGUGGAAUAUGUUUUUAUUUAUCUGUAGCAAUCUACUGGCUGACGGCCAAAGUCGACGCAUCCUGGUGGUACAUGGGCACUCUGGGCUCCCAGGUGAUGUGCGACAACAUCCCUGGACUGGUGAACAAGCAGCGCCAACUCUGUCGCCAGCACCCCAAGGUGAUGCAGGCCAUCGGCGGCGGGAUGAAGGACUGGAUCUUUGAGUGCCAGCAUCAGUUCCGCAGCCACCGCUGGAACUGCAACACAACGGCCCGAGACUACAGCUUGUUUGGCCGUCUGCCACUGCGAGGCAGCCGGGAGGUUGCCUUCCUCUAUGCCAUCUCCUCAGCCGGAGUGGUUUACACGCUGGCGCGCGCCUGCAGCCAAGGCGAGCUGGACUCCUGUUCCUGUGAUCCCACGAAGAAGGGCUCAUCCUGGGACGAGAAGGGCUCAUUCGACUGGGGGGGCUGCAGCGACCAUGUGGAGCAUGCCGUUCGCUUCAGCCAAACCUUCGUAGACGCCAAAGACAGGAAGGAGAGAGACGCCCGAGCGCUCAUGAACCUUCACAACAACAGAGCUGGCAGAAAGGCAGUGAAGCGGUUCAUGACUCUGGAGUGCAAGUGUCACGGUGUUAGCGGGUCGUGCAGCGUCCGCACCUGCUGGCUGGCUUUGGCUGACUUCAGACUCACUGGUGACCACCUGCGCCGGCGCUACAACAGCGCCGUGCAAGUCACAGUGAACCAGUAUGGAAGUGGGUUCACCGCUGCACACACGCAGUUCAGGCACGCCAGCAAGAACGACCUGGUCUACCUAGAGGACUCUCCAGACUACUGCAUACGGGAUCAGGAGUCAGGGUCAGCGGGGACGGCCGGGCGGCUCUGCGACCGGACGUCCCGCGGCAUGGACGGCUGCGAGGUCAUGUGCUGCGGCAGAGGCCACGACACGGCGCGCGUCAGCCGCACCACCAAGUGCGAGUGCAAGUUUCACUGGUGCUGCGCCGUCCACUGCCGCGACUGCCACCAGCAGGUAGAUGUGCACACCUGCAAGAGCCAGACAUGACCUGACCGCGGCGGCCGCAGUCCCCUCACCGCUCCUCCUCGCCGGGCGACAGCUGUCAUCCAGUCAGAGGGACUCCUUCAAGAAACCUUGACCAACCCCAUAAAUGCCCCCAGAAGAUUGAUGACAGUCAACUUUACAAAACCCCACAGAUUCCUUCAACCAGCAGUUGAGAAAAGCCCCGCCCCUUCACCAUCCCAGACUGUGGGAGCAGCAUGGAGGCGCAUCUUCAGCCUCAGCAUGUUCUUUGGUCAGACUUCAACAGUCUGAACAGGACGUCCUGCUCUGUGCUGCGUGUUCAGGCUCCCCACAUGCAGCGCAUUACCGCCGCCCCCCUCUGAUCAUCUGUGGUACCGAUUGAUCUUCUCGCUCGCCUACAUCUC